CUUGCCGUCGCACAUCUCGAGAAAGAUGUCAGUAAUCUGCGCUGCCUUAUUAUUGGCCCUCCCGACACACCUUACGAGUUUGGCUUCUUCGAAUUCAAGGUGAAAGUCGGCCCUAAAUAUCCCUCGCAACCUCCAGUGGUGAAAUGCUUGACAACAAAUGCUGGCCGCUGCCGAUUCAAUCCAAACAUCUACGCUUCUGGAAAANGCACAUGGCGUGGUGAGCCUGGCGAACAAUGGAGUAUCGCUCAGGGGCUGGAGAGCGUACUCAUCAGUGUACAAUCGCUGAUGUCUUGCAAUCCUUACGAAAACGAACCCGGAUUCGAGACCACCAAAAUUACUAACAAUGAGGCUGGAGAGUAUGCGCAANAGAUACACCAUGAGACUCUCAGGAUAACUGUGCUCCAGCGCCUUGAGCAGCUGCUCCAAAUCAACGACGAUGAUCACACGACGGCCGGUACCGCGCCGAGUACUCCACCUACUGACUCCGACGAUGAUGAAGUUAAAGAGGUUGGGCCUUCAACUGCUGAGAAAGAGGGUAACACGGACCUCGAAUUCAGCCCUUUCACAGACCUCUUCAAGCGUCGCUUUCUGUGGUACUACGACGCUUACAUCAAGUCGAUCGACAAUGCCUUGACGAAAGUCAAGGACGGCAAGCAGUUUACAAAUACACCGUUCGAACACCCCGGUAACGAUAUGCGUGGCAAGUAUGCCUAUGCUUCGCUGAGAACACGCUUCCAUCGCGUUUGGCAGGCUCUCGAGGCUGAAAAGAACAACUACUCCCACGGCGGCAAGCAGUUACUCUCGGAUCAACACGGCACAGCCAUGAACCUCCAGCAUCAAUUUGAUUCGCUGCGCUCUUACUACGCUGGAAGUGAUGGCCCCUCUGUCGUAAUCAAUCUCGUCGACGCCAAUCCCCUUGUCUGGAGUCUUACUUUCUUUGGUCCUUACGAGAGUGACCUUUCAGGUGCAAUCGUUAAUGUUCACCUACACUUCCCUUUCGACUUUCCAGAAGCGCAGCCAAGAGUCACGGUCCUCACACCCCUCUUCCAUCAUCGCAUCAGCACUACUACCAAAGCACUUUGCUAUUUUCCAACCAAGCUCUACGAUGUGCAGAACCACAUUGAGAGCAUCAUGGCUACAAUCAUCGAAGAAACUCCAUCGUAUGACCCGCGUGCGUUGGUCAACCCUGACGCAUCGGUUUUGCUUUGGGGUGAUGAAAAUGGUAAANAGACUUACAGGCGCAAGCUGCGCAGAAGCGUGAUUGACUGCGAUGAGCUC